CUCGAAACAGCGUCCCCAUUGCUGCGAUGGACCUCUACCCAGUCAUGCCCACAAUUCUGACAAUCUACAUCCUGAGAGCACCUUGUCCAAUUCCUAUAAUGCACCAUCUCACUGCCGCCUGACCACUUUCCCAGUUCCCCCUUGCCGCCUCUCGAUAGCAUCGUGGAGGACGCAGACUCUUUGAUACUAAGCUCGGCCCUCACCGCCUCGCUGGAAGUCCUCGUUAUCUUCAUCCAUCCAUAUCUAUAAUGCCACUGCGAUCCGUGAAUCCUCAUGAGUCUCUUGAUCAUGCCGUUCAAGAUGCCGCCGAUGCUGGAAUUCAGUGGCAGCCCCUACCUCUCGACGUCAAACGCAGUCAAAAUCUGCAACUGCAACUCUCAGCCUUCGCCACAUCCAGUGAUGUCCUUUCCAUUCCCUGCUGGUACGCGCCCCCAACGGGACUGCAAGCCACGUCGCAUUCUCACGAGCCUAUCUGUCGCGUUCUACAGAGGCUGCUCUUGGCGACCUAGGGAUUUUUUGUCCUUCUGGAUGACUUGAAAAUAGCUUCUCUCAGUGCGAGCGCCUGCGUGUGCCUCUUUCUUCGAAUGUCUUUUUUGUGAAGGUUCUCAAUAUGUCCGCGCGUAGUUGGCACGCCUGCGCGGAUCGACCAUUCUGCAGACUGUAUCGUGGUGGAAGGACAGCAAAGAGGUGGUGGAUAUUUGCUUUCUUGUCAUGUUGCAUGUCAGUCGGACGCGUCCACGAGACCGUGAG